AUGCCCUUUUCCCGCUAUCUCCAGUCCAGCGAGCGCGACGGCCAAAACAACGACCAAGACGACGACAUCGACCACCACUUCUCCUCUGCAGUCCACUUCCAGCUUCCCAACCUCAUCUUUAACGCCCCCACCGUUCCCCCAGGCGGCGGUGCAGAAGCCCUCCCAGCCGGUCUCUAUCCCCCCUCCUCUUCCCUUUCCUGGUUCUCCUCCUCCGAUGGCUACCACUCUCCCUUGUUCUUUCCAAACCCCGUAUCCCCCCACCAUCCCCAGCACCCUCCCUUCUCUCACCAGAUCCCUCUCUCCGUCCCCUCCGCCCUCGGCCUCCCCAUCUACUCCGCCUCCGGCUUCGACCUCCUCUCUCUCCUCUCCCGUGUCGUCACCAGGCCUUAUCCCAAGAUCUACCUCGGUCCUGUAGACCUCUCCUGUGCUUUCGUCGUCACAGACACCCGCCGCUUCGACGCCCCCAUAGUAUACGCAUCCCCGUCCUUUCUCAAACUCACCGGCUACGAAGAGCACGAAGUCAUCGGCCGCAAUUGCCGCUUUCUCCAGGCUCCCGCCGGUCUCAUCCAGCGCGGCCACGAACGCUUGCACACGUCCAGGGAAGCCGUCGCCCACAUGCGCAAGAACAUCGUCGCCGACAAGGAGUGCCAAGUCAGCAUCAUCAACUACCGCAAGGACGGCUCCGCCUUCAUCAACAUGGUCUCCGUCAUCCCCCUCCGCGGCGGCGUCUACAACUCCCCAGACGAGACAGACGACAUCGUCUAUCACGUCGGCUUUCAGGUCGAUCUCACAGAGCAGCCAAAGUCCAUCCUCAGCAAGCUCAAGGACGGCACUUACGUCGUCAACUACUCCGACAAGCCCGUCUUGCCCACCAACGUUUCUUCCCGCGACUGGCGCACGUCCUCGAUCACCAUGCGCGGCGUGUCCAAGGAUCUCCGUGCCCUCCUCGCCGACUCGGCCUUUACCUCUUCCUUUGAGCUCUCCACAUCCACUCACGCUUCUACCGCUAUCGCUCUCUCCAGCAGCCCGUCCGAGCCCAUCUCGCUCGACCCCUACGACGGCAACAAGCCUCUGCACAUGUUCCUCCUCGACCGCUCUCCCGACUUCCUCCACGUCGUCUCUCUCAAAGGCGCAUUUCUCUACGUCGCCCCCGCGGUGCGCCACGUCCUCGGCUACGAUCCCGACGAGCUCGUCGGGCGCUCUCUUGCAGAGUUCUGUCACCCGGCGGACUGCGUCCCUCUCAUGCGCGAGCUCAAGGAAGCGUCUGCUACCCCUGGACCUUCCCUGCUCACCACUGGCGCCCCUUCAGCUCCCACAGGCCCACCGUCGGCGGCGAACCCCACCAGCCCCGAUACCUCAUCGCAGGCGUCCCCCCAAGCCGCCCCCCGCGCGGUCGAUCUCCUUUUCCGCAUGCAAGCCAAAGGCCGAGGCUAUGUCUGGGUCCAGUGUCGAGGACGUCUCCACGUCGAGCCCGGUAAGGGUCGCAAGGCCAUCAUCCUCAGCGGCCGGCUCAGGCAUAUGUCCUACCUCGAGUGGGGGCCGAUCUCACGCGCAGGAGGACUAGUCACGCCCGUUCCCCCGGCCACGUCCACUCCGCUCGUGGACGGACCCGACGGAGAGUCAGAGGACCGGCCCCCCGAGCGCGAAUUCUGGGGUCUGCUGAGCUCCAACGCUACGUUCCUGUACGUCGGCGCUGCCGUUCGCGACGUCCUCGGCUGGGGUGCCGGAGAGGUGAUCGGCAAGCCGUUGGCAGAUUUCGUCAGCGGGAGCUCCGCGCAGGAGGUCCAUAUGGCCAUCGAUGUCGAGAUGGCCAAGGUUCUCCUCGCCUCCGGGCCUAGCGCUGGAAGCGAGAGCGCCGGUCUCGCCUGCGACGUCCUCACCAAGGACGGGAACCCCAUCUCCGUCCACCUCGUCCUCUACCGCUCUCAACCGCAGCAGAGCGUCCCCGCCGGAUUUCCCACUGGCCAACCGGUCGGCGGCGGAGGCGAGCCGUCCACGCAACCGCCGAUCGUUUGCCAGAUCAAGCGAUGCGAAGGCAGCGCACCGCCGCCGACGAGCGACGUCGUCCACCCUCUCCGCGAGAGCGUCUUUGACGAGACCGACCUCGACCGCUCGAGCAGUUGGCAGUACGAGCUCCAGCAGCUCAAAUUCAAGAACCAACGGCUCGCGGACGAGGUCGCCUCCCUCGAAGCUGGCGUCACCAAGAGGUACCGCAAGAAACAAACCUCGAUCGCUCUCGAGCCGUCGUCCAGCCUGAGCUCAGCCGUGGCCGCCAGGGCGCCCGCGGGACAGAGGAUGAACGUCGCCUAUGCGCCCCACUCGCAUCCGUCCUCCAGCGUGCCUCCAUCGGGGCCGCUGAACGUCCGCUUUGUCUCGGGCGUCUCCCAUCCCGCCCCGUCUCAAUCGUCACGUCCUCAUCGUGUUCCAGCUCCUGCCCCGGUGUCGCAAGCGACUCACUCUGCCAUGCUCCCCCGCGCAUCUCAAAUGUUCCCGCCUCAGCCCCAUCCGUCGUUGCAGCAGCAUAUACCGCAGCCCACGUUGCCAGUCUCGGCGCAAGUCUCGCGCGGAUACAAGCAGCAGGAAUCCAACAUGUACUUGCCGCCGCCGAUACCUCAGUCCACCGACUCUUCUCUCCACGCAUGGAGUGCCUACCAUCCCGAGGGCGCGGACCCCGGCGUCAUUCCGGGCGGCCUCCAGCAGCCUCCCGUGAGCUUCAACGUGAUGCCCAUGAAGCGUCCUUGGGACAACUCCUUCCGCGACUCCGGAGGUGGUGGCGUGUGAGGCCAAAAAUUCGGUAGAAUCCUGCUGGUCUCGUCGUAACUCGUCGCUAUCGUUUCGUCGCAUCCUCGUGCUAUCAUUUGUCCGCAGUCACUCGCACUCGCCCCUCAGGUCGAUAAAUAUCAGUAUAAUCACC